UACACCCCUAAAACCUAUAAGUAUGCCUUUCCCCUCUUCAAAGCUUGGCAGUUAAAAGCUAUUUCCUAGUUUGAUUUCUUGGGAUCUAUGAUUUAGAGAGAGAGAGAGAAAUAGGUGUUUUAGAGUGAGAAGAUGAAGUCCUUGUUGGUGGCCAUGCUUUCUCUUACUCUCUCUCUCAGCUUUGCAUCCGAUCCGAGUCCCUUGCAGGAUUUUUGUGUUGCCGACAAAACGAGCUCAGUCUUUGUGAAUGGUAAGGUGUGCAAGGACCCAAAGUUGGCUCGAGCAAAUGACUUCUUCUUCUCCGGCCUUGCCAAGCCUGGCAACACGUCUAACCCACUAGGUUCAAUGGUGACCCCAGUGAGUGUGGAUCAACUACCAGGGCUCAACACCCUCGGCAUCUCCAUGGUCCGCAUAGACUACGCGCCCAAUGGUCAGAACCCUCCCCACACCCACCCUCGUGCCAGCGAGAUCUUGACAGUAUUGGAAGGCUCCCUUUAUGUCGGUUUUGUGACAAGUAAUCCUGAUAACCGCUUGAUUAGCAAGACAUUGCAAAAAGGAGAUGUCUUUGUGUUUCCGGAAGGCCUAAUCCAUUUUCAGAAGAAUGUGGGCCAACAGAACGUGGUUGCCAUUGCAGCCUUGAGCAGCCAAAAUCCUGGGGUUACAACCGUCGCUAAUGCGGUUUUUGGGUCGAACCCCCCCAUCUCUACUGAUGUUUUGGCUGAGGCUUUCCAAGUUGAGAAGGAGGUCGUGGAUAAAUUGCAAAAACCAGUUUUGGGUGGACAAUAAUUGAGAAAUUAGUGUGGUUUUUUUAAUUCUAUUGUUUGAACUUUUUGUUUGGGAUUUAUCGGAUUUCUUUUUUGGGUGGAUCAGUGAGGAACAUAAACCCCUACCCGGUUUUAAAAAUAGUGAGUAGUUUUCAAAUAGGUCAGUGAACAUAUAAACCUAGACCGGUAGCUCAAGCUCAGGUGGUGCUACCAUCACGAUCUCCUCCCAUUCUCAGGAUUUAUUGGAUUUGAUUAAAUGAAAUUUAGUUUCUCUAUGAGU